AUGCCUCCCAACAACAACGCGAUACCUCCCAGAAAGGAGGUGACAGGCCAGCCGGCCCUGCCUCUGGCCCGCGUGAAGAAGAUCAUUGGUACAGAUCCAGACAUUGGAAUCUGCUCAAACAACGCGGCUUUUGUUAUCACUCUGGCAACAGAAAUGUUCAUCCAGUACCUUGCCGCCGAGGGCCAUAACAUGGCAAAGGCAGAGCGCAAGCCCCGUCGUAACGUUCAAUACAAAGACUUGUGUACCCUGGCUUCCCUUUGCCUCAAGCGGUUUCAAGGAGUCAGCAGAAGCAUCAUUGAAAAGUCACUAACAAGGCAAACGUACCCUCCAGCAACCGCAGUCAACCACCACGACAACCUCGAAUUCCUCGAGGACGUCAUCCCCAAGACGGUCCCCUACAAACAAAUCAAGGAUUCGGCCGCCGCCGCGCGCCUCAACCCCCGGAAAGCUGACCAGGAGCCCAAGAAGCGGCAAUCGACCCUCAAAACGAAGGGCGCCAACGCAGGCGCUUCCAGCAGCGGCAACAGCAACGGUGUCAAUGGCACAGCCGCCGCUGCCGCCUUGGAUCCAGUCGCAGCUGUCAUUCAUUCCGACGAUCCCAGCGCCCAGCUGGUCGCCGAGGCCCGUCGUGCGGCUGGGGACGAGGAUGUUGACAUGACGGGAUAG